GUUGCUAUGGAAGGAGAGCAGGGGGCUGGGAGUUGCUAUGGAAGGAGAGCAGGGGGCUGGGAGUUGUAAUAGAAGGAGGGCAGGGGGCUGGGAGUUGCUAGAGAAGGAGAGCAGGGGGCUGGGAGUUAUAAUAGAAGGAGAGCAGUGGGCUGGGAGUUGCUAUGGAAGGAGAGCAGGGGGCUGGGAGUUGCUAUGGAAGGAGAGCAGGGGGCUGGGAGUUGCUAGAGAAGGAGAGCAGGGGGCUGGGAGUUGCUAUGGAAGGAGAGCAGGGGGCUGGGAGUUGCUAUGGAAGGAGAGUAGUUCCGGUAUUGUAUCACUUCCCUCUCAGCUGUACCACAAGCACCGAGCACCUCCUGUCCCAUUUGUUGCCUACACUGACCCCGCCCCCUCUCGUCCCUCGGCAACUGACAGACAGCAGCCCCGCCCUCAUACAGGAGCCUCCGCUCACUCUGUCCCACGUGAGCACUGGGGGGAGGAGCCUGCAGCUGUAACUCGGCCUUUCACUGAAGGAGGGGUGGUACUUUCCUUCCUGCUUCCGGGCUGUGCCGCAAAGCAUUACUGGGAGCUGCUGUGCGAGCGCUGUGGGGAGAGAAGGGGAGCCCAGAGCCCGAGGCACAAGCAAUGGGUUUCUCUCAUUCAUAUGAUGAGGUCACAGUCUGACGUCACCCUGACCUGGAACAGACAUCAGACCCCAGUGCUGCUCUCCCCAAAUGACCCGGUCACAUUUGAGGACAUUGCCGUGUACUUCUCAGAGGAGGAAUGGAAGGGGUUACAGGAGGGGCACAAGGAGCUGUACCGUGAGGUGAUACAGGACAAUUAUCAGAACCUGACUGAUCUGGGGCUUGUGAUCACCAAACCAGAGAUUGUGCAAAAGAUUGAGAAGGGGGAGGAUCCAGUCAUCAGCGUCUGUCUGACUCCUGCACAAGUCCAGCACCGAGCACACUCACGUCCAACGUACAUCGAUGUUGCAGCUGUAGGGUCCAAGCAUUCAAAAUACUCACUCAGAAGCCACGGAGCCCUCCCUGGUCCCUCAGAGCAAGUCAGGAGAUUGGAGAAGAAGCAACUUCCCUCUCCAGAGGAACCAAGUGCCAAGUUCUGUCCAGUGGGGUGGAAACCAUCCCAAAAGUCUCUGAAGCUGUUGAGGAAGCCUCCAAGAGUGGUCAUGGAUACUGAGCUGGGCAACCAUAUUGCUCAUGGUACAUUGAACCAGCCUCAGCCAGAGAACCACACGCAUAGCCAAACCGGUGUGCCAGGACCCCAUAAUAGCAGGAAGGGUAUUGUGUGCAAGAGAGAGGACAUCUCUGAGGAGACUGCCCACAUUUCAGGCCUUUCUAUAGGAGAUGGAAAACCCUAUAGAUGUGCCCGGUGUGGUGAGACCUGGAAUAAUCUGCUUGACUUCUUGUCCCAUGAGGCGGACAGCUGCCAGGAUCGUCCCUACGUCUGUAACAUCUGCUCCAAGACCUUUGUGAAGAAGCAGCACCUGAGCUCUCACCGCAAAAUCCACACCGAGGAGAGACCCUUCACCUGCCCCCAGUGCGGCCGUAGCUUCCGCCAGAGCUCCACCCUCACUACCCACCUAUGGAGCCACGCUGGUCACAAGCCCUUCCACUGCUCCUGCUGCACCAAGCGCUUCAGCCGUAAAACCGACCUAGUGGCUCAUAUGAGGAGGCACACGGGGGAGCGUCCAUACGAAUGCCCCUACUGCUGGGAAAGGUUUAUCCGCAAGAAAUCCCUGCAGAGGCACAUGCGCAAACAUUCCGGGGAGAGUCUGCAAACCAUCUGGGGGCGCCGCUGUGCCACUGACACUGAUGGAACUACAGAAAGAAACCCAAAACUUCAGGUGUUCCCUCCAGAUGGAACAUUCCGUCUCACACUGGCUGAUGCCAACAAAGAGCCUUGUUUCAGAGGGAAGAAUGAGCCCCAGGACAAGGAGUUGGGGGAAUCAGAAGAAAGGACAAAUGAGCAUUGGUACAGGAAGAUGGAGGAGGGUGACAUACAGGAGGGUCACAUAUGGGACAAGGAGCAUGGAGAAGGGUGGAAGGUUCACAAGGAGCAGGAGAAAACAGAAGAAAGAAGGGAACAGCAGCACAGUGAGCAGGGAGAAGGAAAAGAACAGAACAGUGAGUCAUAUGAUAACAAGCUGGAGGAAAGAAGCAGAAAGUGGGACCAGAAGAUGUGGGAGAGGAAACUAGAGGACGUGGCCAGGAUAAAACAUGAGCAGUUGGAAAGGAAGGUGGGGAAUGCAGGCAAAGAGAAGGAUGAGCAACAGAAUAGGAAGUUACCGCAGGCAGACAAAAGUAUAAGUGAGUCACAGGCCAGAAAGCUGGAGGAAGCUGAUGUAACGAAAGAAGAUCAUCAGGACAAGAAGAUAGAGAAAGCAGACGCAGAGAGGAAUAAGCAGAAUUGGUGCAGCCAGAGCAGAGAAGCAGGCAAAAUAAGAGAUCAGCAGGAGCUAGAACCAGCAGAAAAAAGGAAGAAUCAACAAAAGGAUAUGAAAUUGCAGGAAGAAGAUACAAUCAUUUCUGAUUGGUGCAGCAAGAGCAAGGAAGCGGACAAAACUAGAGAUGAGCAGUGGAAUCAGGAGUUACAAGAAGCAGACAAAAGGAAGGAUCACCAGGCUAGGAAUUUAGAAGAAGCCGACAAAAGGAAGGAUGAGGUCCAGGAUAGGAAGUUGCAGGAAGAAGGUAAAGGGGAGAACCAUAUGAGGAAAUUGUCUGAAUCUGACAGAGGGGACUUUCCAAAGGGGCAGGAAAAACAAAGUGUUGCAGUGGCAGAUGUGAAAAAAGAAGAGGAGCCAGGACAGAGCUCUCCAAUUAUGGGGGAAGUUAAAGUCAAGCACCAGGACACACAGACUGAGUUCCCACAGAAGAAGAAGGCAACCAGGGUGCAUCUGCCAAUGCUGAGAGAGCUGAGAAGAUUCCGCAAGAUGUCUAAUCGGGUCCAGCAGGAGUGGGACAGCAUGAGGGCCACCAUGGACCUAUUCACUCAGGAGAUGAGGGAGUUGAAGGAGAUGGUGGCAACUGUAUGUUCUGCGAGGACCCCAGAGAGUGUUUGCCUUUCUGGCACAGAAUCUCACACCUUGGCUGAGCCACCAUCAUAUCCAGGAUUGAACAACACAGAGAGGACUUUAGCCUUGCAGGGCGAGGACAGGUUUUCCAUUUCUUCCAGCAGAGCCUCACCAGAGAGCAGCCUCCAGUACCCUCCACCUCACCCACUAGAGACUUUGUCUGAUCAGAGUAGGGACUGUACGUCGUGGAUGUACAUGGCGCCUUCCCAUGAAGAUGCAGACUUGUUACCAUCAACAACUGACACGAUCCAGGUCAAAAUGGAGGAUGAGCCAGAGGAAUGCACCUCCCCUGAGGGCACCUUCUAUAGCCCAACUCUUUAUGAUGAGUGCCGGAUAGGGGACCGUCUGCCCAACAUCCCCAUGCUGCCUAUCAGUGCCGACCGUGAAUGGUCUCUGCUAGCCAGGAGUGGGGGGAAGGCGGGCAGGUUUGCGGCUCUGGUGUUCCGUGCUCUUGUUCCAUUUGACAUUUACAAGGGGUGGGUCAACCAUGUAAACCUGGAUGGUUUAAGGGGCAGGAGGGGGAUUCCAUUGAACGUCAAAAGACAGUUGAUGACCAUUGUUGAGCGUAACUUCACCCUGAGAAAGAGUGAUCACAGCGAGAUACGGAACAGGUUGAACGAGCAGCUGAGGACCAGGCGCAAAAGUGACAAACAACCUCAGUGGUUCUUUUGACCCCCCCAGGGGCUUUUUAUUGGACAGAAGUUUAUUUUUUCAUUGCUGGUUAAAUAUAGUAUAUAAAGGGGUAGUUGUUAUGCAGAGGGUUAUAUACAUAUUUUAUACAGGGACUCACCAUAGAUACCCAAUCAGAUGAGAGAAACCAUAUUUUGCUAUAUUUAGCUUCCUUCCUGUUUCACCCAGAGCCCUUUAUGCAUGUAAGAAACGUAUCACAGAUGGUCUGGAGCAAGGUAUGCUGGGAAAAUGAGCAGCGGGCAGAUUAGGCUGCAGAAAUGCUCAGAGCCUUUAGAACCCAAAUUAUUGUUCCUAUAGAAAGAAAGUGUUGGAUUCUGCGUUUGUUACUGACUGUAUGAAUGGGACACUAAUACUGCGCAUUAAAGGAAAGUUACCCAU